GCAAGUCUGCAAAGAGUUCACAGACCUGCUGUCCCAGGACCGCUCGCCGCUGGGAAACUCACGGCCGCAGCCCAUUCUUGAACCGGGAAUCCAGAGCUGUUUGACCCACUUCAGUCUAAUCUCGCACGGUUUCGGGACUCCGGCACUGUGCGCGGCAGUCACUGCCCUGCAGAACUAUCUGACCGAGGCUAUCAAAGCCAUGGACAAAAUGUACCUCAACAACAACCCCAACAGUCAUUCAGAUAACGGCACUAAAGGCGGAGACAAAGACGAGAAGCACAGAAAGUGAUGUUUCCAUGCCACCUUCACCGAGGGCCAAAGCCCAGGGCCCUUCUUCUACACCGACCCCCUCCCCGCCUCGCCCCGGCCCCCACCCAUUCAAUAUAAAUAUUAUAAAUACCUUAUAAAUACUAUUGAUAAAGUUAAACGUGCCACUUCCUGAUCUUGCGCGGUUUUACAUGUUUUGUUUUUACAUCCCACUUUGGAUUCACGGGGGAAAAAACAACGCAAGAAUCUUCUUCUUCUUC